AAUGCCCCUCAGGGCCACCUCAGAAGCCUAUCUCCCCCAACUGUGUGAGGCAGAAUGGCCUCGGCCAAAGGUGCGCUCACCUCAUUGCUGCUGCUGGUGACAUUGCAGGUUGUGACUGUAAGCAGUGCACUGAGGGAAGGAAGUAUUCUAAUGCAAUCAUUUCACCCAACUUGGAAACCACUGGAGUCAUGCGGGUGCCUCAAACCACCCCCGUGAUGGACUGCACAGCUGCUUGCUAUGACCUCUCCAGCUGUGACCUGGCCUGGUGGUUUGAGGGCCACUGCUACUUGUUGAGCUGCCCACACAAAGAGAACUGUAAGCCCAAGAAGAUGGGCCUCAUCAGGUCCUAUCUCACCUACCAGAGGCCCACCCAGCUGCUGGACUAUGGGGAGAUGAUGCUGAACAGGGGUCUUCCCUUGGGGCUCUGGGGGGACUCACCUGAGAAGAUCAGAAAGGACUUGCCCUUUCUAGGCAAAGAUCAAGGGGAGAUGCCUGAUUACUCAGAUGACUAUAGGGAGCUGGAACAGGACCUCUUCCAGCGCAUCAGCAAGCAGGAGCCCAGGGGAAGUGCUGAGUACACCUAUUGGGGCCUGCUGCCUGGCAGGCAGGGAGGCCUCAAACUCCUCUGUCAGAGAGAGCUCUGCAACAUCAGCAGAGAAGCAGUGAGAGACUCUGAGCUCCAUAACCUGGUGAAACUGAAUGAGUUGGCGGGGACCCCUGCCCCAGAACCCUCUCCUGAGAGAAGGUUGUUGCUUCCAUUGGUGACUACUCCAUCUUCAGGAGAGGUAUUAGAGAAAGAGGAGGCUUUUCAGCUCUGAGAACAAACCAGCAGCAGCUCUGGAAAGGAGGUUCUAAUGCCUUCCCAUAAUCCUCCUCCAUCCAGCCUGGAAUUCAGCCCAGCAACCAUGGAGGAGAACCCGGUUCCCACAAUCACCUGACAGAACACAGAUCACAGCCUCACAACACUUCCCACUAGCGCUGUGUACUCCCAGCCCACCCCAUCUGAGCAGCCCGAAUCUCCUACCACUGAUUCCUGGACAGUGAAAGAACUCAUGGUGUCUGCUGGAGAUAACCUAAUAAUAACUUUACCGAAAAAUGAAGUUGAACUGAAGGCUUUUGUUGUACCAGCGCCAUCUGCAGAAACAAUCUACAGUUACGACUGGAGUUUGAUAAGCCACCCUGUAGACUACUGGGGUGAAAUGGAACAAAAAUAAAUGCAAGCUCUUAACCUCUUUCAAUUGUCAGUAGGACUUUAUGCUUUCAAAGUAGCUGUUUCUAGUGAAAAUGCCUUUGGAGAAGGAUAUGUAAAUGUCACUGUUGGGCCAGUCCAAAGAGUCAACCAGCCACCCGUAGCAGUUGUUUCUCCCCAAAUACAAGAGCUCACUCUGCCUUUGACUUCCGGCUUCAUCCAUGGCAGUUAAAGUACAGAUGAUACUAAAAUAGUGAGUUAUCACUGGGAAGAAAUUAAUGGGUCCUUCAGAGAAGAGAAGACAUCAGCUGAUUCCCCCAUCUUAUACUUGUCUGACCUUGUUCCUGGUAACUGUACUUUCAGGUUAACCGUUACAGACUCGGAUGGAGCCACUAAUUCCACAACUGCGAUCCUAAUAGUCAACAGUGCUGUGGACUAUCCACCAGUUGCCGAUGCGGGACCUAAUCAGACUAUAACUUUGUCCCAAGACUCCAUCACUCUGAAUGGAAACCAGAGCAGUGAUGAUCACCAGAUUGUCCACUAUGAAUGGGCCCUGGGCCCUAGUAGUGAGAACAAAGAUGUGGCAAUACAGGGAAUACAGACACCGUACCUUCAUUUGUCUGCAAUGCAGGAAGGAGAUUAUACAUUCCAGCUGAUGGUAACAGAUUCUUCAAGGCAGCAGUCCACUGCCGUGGUCACCGUGAUUGUCCAGCCUGAAAACAACAGGCCCCCGGUGGCUGUGGCUGGCCCCGAUAAGGAGCUUAUCUUUCCAUUGGAAAGCACAACCCUGGAUGGAAGCAGGAGCACAGAUGACCACAACAUUGUUUCCUACCACUGGGAUACUAUUAGAGGCCCCAGUGCAGUGCAGAUGGAAGAUAUGGACAAAGCUAUAACCUCUGUAACUGGUCUUCAUGUGGAUACCUACCACUUCCGUUUAACAGUGCAAGACCAGCAGGGGCUGAGCAGCACAUGCACCCUCACCGCAGCUGUGAAGAAGGAAAAUAAUAGUCCUCCCACAGCCCAGGCUGGUGGCAGACAUAUUCUUGUGCUUCCCAACAACUCCAUUACUUUGGAUGGUUCAAGGUCUAAUGAUGACCAAGGAAUUGUGUCCUAUUUGUGGACCCGGGUAAGCCAGAGUCCAGCAGCUGGAGAUGUAAUCGAUGGCUCUGACCACAGCACAGCCCUGCAACUAACCAACCUUGUGGAGGGAGUCUACACUUUCCGCCUAAAAGUCACUGAUGGCCAGGGGAACUCGGACACCGACACUGCCACUGUGGAAGUGCAACCAGACCUUAGGAAGAGCGGUCUGGUGGAGCUGAGCCUGCAGGUAGAGGUUGGGCAGCUGACAGAGCAGCAGAUGGACAUGCUUGUGAGGCGGCUGGCAGUGCUGCUGAAUGUGCUGGACUCGGACAUUAAGGUUCAGAGGAUCCAGGCCUACUUGGAUCUCAGCACCGUGAUUGUGUUUUAUGUACAGAGUGGAAAGCCUUUCAAGGUUAUCAACACUGCUGAAGUGGCCCAAAAUCUGCACGUGUGGCUCUCAAAGGAGAAGGCCAACUUCUUGCUUUUCAAGGUCUUCAGGAUUGGCACAGCAGGUUGUCUUCUAAAGUGUUCCGGCCAUGGUCACUGUGACCGCAUCACAAAACGCUGCGUUUGCUCUCAGUUAUGGAUGGAGAAUCUGAUACAGUGUUAUAUCCGGGACUGGGAAAGUAACUGUGAGUGGAGUAUAUUCUAUGUGGCAAUGCUGGCUUUUACGCUUACAGUGCUAACAGGGGGUUUAACUUGGCUUUGCAUCUGCUGCUGCAAGAGACAAAAAAGGACUAAAAUAACGAAAAAAACAAAGUACACUGUUUUGGAUAACAUGGAUGAACAGGAAAAAAUGGAGCUGAGGCCCAAAUAUGGUAUUAAGCACCGAAGCAUAGAACACAACUCCAGCUUGAUGGUGUCUGAGUCCGAGUUUGACAGUGACCAGGACACAAUCUUUAGCCAAGAACAGAUGGAAAGAGGGAAUCCAAAGGUCUCCAUGAAUGGCUCCAUCCCAAAUGGAGCUUCCUUCAGCUAUUGCGCAAAGGACAGAUAA